GUGUAUGAGUGAGAGGGAUCGUGUACCGGAGUUUGUAUAUAAGACCAUGGUUUGUUUGUCUCUUGUCCCCGUGUAUCGCACUUUUAUUUUGGGAAUUGGACGCUGAGGUGUGCGUUGCGUCGUUUCAGGCGUCUCUGACUGUAAAGCUUAAGUUUAACGCGUUUAAUAGCAAAUAGCAAAUAAGUGUGUGUUCCUUGCCUUCCAGGCAUCGACCAGUGUGUUAUUUUUUUUUGUACGAACGCCUCUAAAACUAAAAAAAUUGUCAUAAUGGUUGAGAAAACAUUCACCGAGUAUUUAAAAAACGGAAAGAAAAACGGUGUCAUCAGUACCGGUGACACGAAGUUGCGGAAAAUCUCGAUGAAUUUUCAGAUCAACGAGUGGACUUUUACCGUCUUUCUAGUCGUACUUUCCCUCGCAAUUGUCGCUGGAAAACUUUACAUCAAUUAUGGCUCGGGUAUGCAACAUGUUUCGAAUAUGGUAAAAAAUGGGCAGGCUUUGUCAGCAUUUCCCAGUAUGUACAACAUUUUUGGAGACUCUCAAAAACUGUCAAAUUUCGAUAAGCAACAUUCUAAGGCAUCAAGUAAAAGAUUGAUGAACGUAAGUCAAGAACACGCGGAUACUAUGGCAAGCGGUUACGUUGGAAUAACGCACAAAUACAGUUGGUUGUUGAGAGCGCUCUUGAGCGGCCUUGGGAUUGUGGCUUUCAGUUGGUUCAUCAUUUACAAGGACAGCGAUAUUCCUGGAGUUAAUCCACCCAUACCUUUCAGUCCUAGAAAAAAAAGUUUUUUUCACCGCAGGACGUGGACAGACAAGUAAUUCGUGGAGAGCUCGAGACUACAAAUAAACUAUUUAAUCGGAAUAUUCAACGGUAUCUUAGUAUUCAUCUACAUGUGUCUGUAGCCCCACGGAUAACUUGGAGGCACGUCGUGAAACUUUGAAGAGGAUUAAGUGGGAUCUUCGAAAAACUACUAUUUAAAAAUUAUCGUAUUAUUAUUUAUUAUUAUUUAUUUGAAGUGUUACUGCGUUUUUGAACGUCAACAACGUCAAUGUAUUCAGCAGGAACUGAUUGUACAUUGAGUAGAGCGUGAUUAUUCUCAUGGCGUUUUCAUCCAUGAAAACAUCUGGAUAAAAUGUAUAUUUAUGAUUUUUUUUUGUUGUCCUGAAAAAUCAGUUUUCAUCAAAAAAUUCUUCCGUUUUGAGAAUACAAUUUCAUCGUACUCUAUCUAUGAGAAUCAAUAGCAUAGAACGAGAGUAGUUAACAAUUUUUUGCAACGUGGGUAUUCUUAACAGGAUAACUAAGUAUUUGUCUGUUGCGUUAAACGGAUUGGUGCAUUGUUUUCAUUCAAAGUGUACAAAAUUGAAAAAAUUACUGAAAUUGUUCAAUUUAAAAUUAAGAUUAUAACCAGAAGAUAGUUCUGAUGUGAGCAAGAGCGAAAAAGAGCAUAUUCUUAUUGAUUUUUCGUUUUUUUUUCUUUUUUUUUCUCCAUUCGUAUAAAGAAAAGCAAACAAUGGCUAGAUAAGUACGGAAAUACGAAUACAUUUUAUAAACUUUGAUAAAAAAGCUUUGAUACAACCAGUGUAUUUAUAUUUAUAUGUAAUAAUUUAUAAUUAUUUAUUCAAGACUGAUUCACCGUCUGCUAGUUCAAAAUAAUAUCGCAUAUUCUUCCAAACUAUUUUCAAGCAGAAUUAUCGUCAUGCUAUCUUAUUUUUGUUGUCAUUUGUUUUUGUUUUUGCUCCAUAUAUUUUUCACUAUUCUUCGUUGCCAUGCAGAAGAAGCGGCCGAAUUCAAUUAUUUCUAGAAAUGAUUUUUUUCAACGGUGACAACAACAAAUAAUCAACCAGUUAAGCGUGAUUAUCCGGAUUUUGUCUAUUGAAAAAUGCUUAUUACAACAUGUAUAUGUAUAUAACAAUAUAAUCUGAAAGUGC